AUGUUCAGUUAUUCAAUGAUUUAUCAAUCUUCUUUACUUAUUGGACAAUAUGGUGAUAUUAUUGUUGGCCAUAGAAACAAUGAAGCAAUGCCAUUUGCUUUAAAUACAAUGUCAAUGUGCUUUGUUUUUAUUUUGGCCAUUAUUUUGUUUGUAUAUUGCAUAUCAAUUAUAUUAUCACAUUCAUGUGAUAAUAAAGUGAUAACAUUACUGAGCAUAGUUUGCUCUGUUUUGACUACUUUAUUAUCAAUUCUUGUUAUUAUUCUUCUUACUAUUUCUAUUAUUAAUACUCAGAAAUCAUUUUCUUCUCUGUUCUCAACUGAAGGUGAGUCAGAUCAAAACACAAAUGAGAAAGGAAAAAAGGAAUUUAGGAAUCAAUUAGAAUACAAAUAUUCAUGUUGUGGGUUUGAUAGUGCAACUGUCAAUUACGAAUGUCAUAAGUUUACACCAUUAGAGUUAACAUGUAAAACUACGUUAUAUAAACCAUUUAUGAAAUUGAUGUAUUAUCUGUUUAUUCCAAUUUCUGCGACUCUCAUAUUGUGUGUGAUUGUUGCCUGUAUUAAUUUAAUUCUCUUCAUGUAUCAACGAAAAAAAUACCGACAUGAUGAAUGGGGUGAUACUUUUUAUUCUUAA